AUGAGCUCCAGCACCGGUCUCAGAUCCCCUGCGACAAUGCUCCACCGCAGCAGCCCUACGACCUCACCCUCAUCGCUCCCCCUGGUCGUCACUCUCAACUGCAUCGAUGACUUCGCCAUGGAGCAAGACUCCUUGUCCGGCGUCGCCGCCGUCGAGCACGUGCCACUCAGUCGUCUCGCCGACGGAAGGAUCGAGUCGGCAUCCGCCGUGCUCCUACAGUCCCUUGCCUACCUCCCACGCGCAGCCCAGCGCCGCCUCCGUCCCUACCAGCUCAUCCUCUGCCUCGGCUCAGCCGACCGCGCCGUCGAUUCGGCCUUGGCCGCCGACCUUGGGCUCCGGCUCGUCCACGUAGAUACAUCGCGCGCCGAGGAGAUCGCCGACACAGUCAUGGCGCUCUUCCUCGGCUUGCUGCGCCGGACGCACAUGCUCUCCCGCCACGCACUCUCGGCUUCAGGGUGGCUUGGUUCGAUCCAGCCGCUGUGCCGUGGGAUGAGAAGGUGUCGUGGUUUGGUUUUGGGGAUUAUCGGUAGAUCUGCGUCGGCGAGGUCUCUGGCUACUAGGAGCUUGGCUUUCAAAAUGAGUGUGCUCUAUUUCGAUGUUCAAGAUGUAGAGGUGAACGGAAAAGUAAGCAGGUCUUCCAUAAGCUUUCCUUCUGCUGCCCGAAGAAUGGAUACUCUUAAUGAUUUACUGGCUGCAAGUGACCUUGUUUCACUUCACUGUUCUCUGACAAAUGAAACAGUUCAGAUUCUCAAUGCUGAAUGUUUACAGCACGUAAAGCCUGGAGCAUUUCUUGUAAACACGGGGAGCAGUCAGCUAUUGGAUGAUUGUUUUGUGAAACAGCUUUUGAUUGACGGAACCUUAGCUGGGUGUGCUUUGGAUGGUGCUGAAGGCCCACAAUGGAUGGAAGCAUGGGUAAAGGAGAUGCCCAAUGUGUUGAUACUUCCACACAGUGCAGAUUAUAGUGAAGAAGUAUGGUUGGAAAUAAGGGAGAAAGCUAUCUCCAUAUUGCAGUCAUUCUUAUUUGAUGGGAUUGUUCCAAAAAAUGCUGUAUCGGAUGAAGAGGAUGAAAGUGAAAUAGGUGAUGAAAAUGAAGGGUCAGAUAAACUGGACAGAGAAAGUAGCUUGCAGCUAUCCGUUGUUGAGCAACCAACUGAAGUCAUUCAUGCAAGUCCAGAAAGCUCUCAGAAGAAAGAAGCUAAUCAAUCCAAGGAGUCUCCUAGCCAGCACCAAGGUUCAGGUUUGUCUCAAAGUACUGCCACUCGAUCUGAUGGAAGACGAGGCAGAGCAGGUAAGAAAGCCAAAAAGAGGCACGCACAUCAAAAAUCCAGGCAAAAAUCUGAUGACCCUUCACAAGAAAAAGAAAGUACCUCGCAGCGGGAAGAAGACACGGCUAUGAGUGGCACUGAUCAAGCAUUAAGCUCCAGCUCUCGGUUUGCCUCCCCAGAAGACUUAAGAAGUAGGAAAACUCCCAUAGAAUCAAUGCAAGAAUCUCCUUCCGACCAGCUUCUAAAAUCUAGCAGGAGGCUCAGUGGAAAGCCUGGUGAGCUGUUGAAGGAUGGGUAUGUUGUAUCUUUGUAUGCAAGAGAUCGUCCUGCUCUCCAUGUCGCAAGGCAAAGAGUUAAAGGUGGUGGUUGGUUCCUAGAUACUAUGUCAAAUGUAUCGAAAAGAGAUCCAGCAGCUCAGUUCCUCAUUGUUUUAAGAAGCAAGGACACAAUUGGUUUGCGAUCUUUUGCUGCUGGUGGAAAGUUACUGCAGAUAAAUAGAAGAAUGGAAUUUGUAUUUGCCAGUCACAGUUUUGAUGUCUGGGAGAGUUGGAUGUUGGAAGGUUCUCUGGAGGAAUGUAGGCUGGUUAACUGUAGAAAUCCGUUGGCUGUUUUGGAAGUAAGCAUCGAGAUUCUGGCCACCAUAGGGGAAGAUGGGGUUACACGCUGGCUUGAUUAG